GAUUGGAUAACGAAAUAUUUUUCACCCAAAAGUUUGUAACCCCACUAGAAAUGUUCUAAUGGUGCUGUUUCGGACUUUGAAAACAAUAGAUAAUAUCUCCGAUGAACACAAUCACACAGAUAGUAACUUUCAAGCUGAAAUUCUCCAAAAACCUCUAUGAAAGUUAACAAUGGCGGUGGUAAGAUCACUUUGUUAACUCAUCGCAUUUAUUCCUCCAUUAUUCGUUGACAUCGUAUCUUUGCAAUUUUCUGUAUGAAGUACCAUAUUUUCUCCCCUUGAAAUCUGGAUUGCCGGCGUAACGCGCCAUUAAAGUAUGCUUGAAUGAGCUGUAAACUUUAUCACAUUCUUCACCAAACAUUGAAAAUCGCUGCGUAUUGAAAAAUAAUCAUUUUCAGAACAUAAAAGGCACUAACAUGCAGCAUUUGAAAACUCUUAGUAUCAGAAACAAAUUAUUACUUGUAGCUAGCAACUUUAUAGGGGAUGGGGUGGUAAUCCCCCAUCGGCCGAUCAUGAUUUCGAUUGUUAGACAGUGCAAUCAUUCAUUUAAUUUCCCUAAUUUUCAAAACCCUAAUUUCUGUUCGCUUUCUAGAUUACUUCAUUAUUACCCAGCAAUUUUUGGUUCUCACUUAAUUUCUUCUCCUUAUUUUUCUAAGAGUUGCUUUGAAUUUGGUUUUUCAUUGAGGUUAUUUGCUUCCCUUGGAGUAUCCAGUGAUUUUCCGGGUGAAGAUGAAAGUAAAUUAGUAUGUAGUGCUGAUGAGGUUUAUAAUAUUGUUGUGGAAAAUGUGGGUUAUGACCAGAAUAUGGAGAAAUCUCUUGAACAAGCUGGGAUUACCCUAACAAUUGAGUUAGUUAUAGAAAUUCUUACUAGGUUACGUUUUCAAGAAAAAACAGCAUUUAGAUUUUUCAUGUGGGCUGCUCGCCAGGAACAUUAUCACCAUGAGUACCAGGUUUACAAUGAGAUGAUUGAUAUAUUAUCUAGUACAAAGUUUAAGGUUAAACAAUUUGGGAUUGUUUGUGAUAUGUUAGAUUACAUGAAACGGAAUGGAAAAAAGACCGUACCCAUUGAAGUUCUUUUAACUAUUUUGAGAAAAUACACAGAAAAGCAUCUGACGAAAGUACUGAAAUGUUCAAAGAAGAAGAGAAGAAGUAGGGUUAUAAUGCAGCCAGAGAUCAGCGCACUUAAUUUGCUGCUUGAUGCUCUUUGCAAGUGUUGUUUGGUUGAGGAUGCAGAAAUCCUGUUUAAGAAGGUACAGAGUAAGGUUUCUCCAGAUGCCAAUACCUUUACCAUAUUGUUUUUUGGGUGGUGUAGGGUUAGGAAUCCUGUAAGAGGAAUGAAGAUCCUGGAGGAGAUGAGCCACAUGGGUUUUGCUCCUGAUAGUUUUACCUAUAAUACUGCAAUUGAAACAUUUUGUAAAGAAGGAAUGAUGAGUGAAGCAGUUCGUCUUUUCGAGCUAAUGAAAACAAAAGAGUCUACAUCGUCAAGUCCUACUACAAAGACGUAUGCAAUAAUGAUUUUAGCGCUUGCUAAGAAUGACCAAAUGGAGGACUGGUCUAGAGUUGUUUGCGAAAUGAUACAGAGCGGUUGUCUCCCUGAUGUUUCCACUUAUAAGGAAUUGAUUGAAGGUAUGUGCUUAGCAGGCAAGAUGGAGGAAGCAUACUGGUUUUUGGAAGAGAUGGCAAAGAUAGGUUACCCACCCGACAUUGUCACAUAUAACUGUUUCCUCAAGGUUCUUUGUGAGAAUAAACAGGCUGAUGCUGCAAUUCAGCUAUACCGAAGGAUGAUUGAUAAGGAUUGUUUGCCUAGUGUACACACUUUCAACAUGCUUUUUAAGAUGUUCUUUGCUAUGGACAAUUCUGAGGGAGCGCUUGAGAUUUGGGAUGAAAUGGAUAGGAUAGGUUGUGAGAGAGAUAUCAAUACUUAUUGUGUUAUGAUUGAAGGAUUUUUUGGUUGUGACCAGGUUGAGAAUGCUUGUUUUCUUUUAAAAGAUGUUGUAGAUAAGGGAAUGAAAUUACCGUACCAGAAGUUUGAUUCGUUUCUCAAGCAUUUGUCAUCUAUUGGCGAUCUUCGUACAAUUCAUAACCUUUCGGAGCAUAUGAAAAAGUUUUACAAUCCUGCUAUGGCAAGACAUUUUUCUCUUAGUCAAAAACGGAAGGGCAUUAGUUAUAGGAACAAGUGAACUUUCUCUCAAUUUGGUUGGAUGAAUGAAGCUGAUGUGGAAGUUUGCAAUUAUCAUGUUAUGUCACUAUUGAUUACACUAAAUCCAGAGCAAAUAGAUUGAGUUUAUAAGAAGGUGAAGAAUUUUCUGUAUGCUUUGCAGCAUGUUUGCUACAUUCCUAGUGGUUGAAAGCCUACAACACUUUCUUAGAGCCAAUCAGAUUUAUUUGUUAACUGUAGUGAGUCUAUGGUACUCUAGCUUCUUGGUAUGAUUUUCUCCUGUCUUGGUAAAAAGUAAUCAAUCCCUUUGGUCCUUCCUGUUAUCCUGUAUUAUAUUUGCGACAUAAAUGUCUUGUAGAACUCUUACAUCCCUAAUGGCUUGGCUGUUGGUUUGGAAAUACUCCUGAAAAGUACUCUAAAUAGUGGAUGUUAGAAGAGGCAGAAUCCGUUACACGUCUGUAGACACUUUCUGCAUGAAAGUGAAGAUCCAAACUGUGAUGAUUCCGUAGUAAUCCUAGGAGAGCUAUGAACUUGAUGGAUUACUAUGUCACUUUACUCAGCAGCGGCCAGGGUGGGACUGCUAGACUUGGAUUAUGAAGAGUGCUGUCCUCGACUACGACAAGAUGAUCUUAGCCCAACUGAAUACUCACCGCACUCACUUACUGCACAAUUCUUCUCCUGACUCAUGAAUGCUCAGCCUACAGAGAAUGAAAUCAGCAUAUAUAUUAUGCAGAGCCUACAGAGUGUUAUUAAGCAACAAUGAUUUUUCGCCUCCGCAGCAGCAAUGACAACAAGGUAAAUGUCUGCAAAGUAGACAGAUUUAGGGCCAACAAGCUUUUCAUUCCCUCAUGAAAAGCAUUUUGUAGAGUGCUCAUAUUCAAAUCCUUGUUUAUGUAGCCCAAGGCAAUCACAAAUGAGUACAAUGUUAAGAAGUGCAUUCGUGUAAUAAUGCUUUGUAAACUGCGCUGUCCUUGCAGUUUCGUAUAAUCUUGAUGUCAAUGGACUCGAAUAUUGCAGCCCAAUUGUCAACGAUAGCGUCAAAAAUGGGAAUAUCAUAUAAUGACAGUUUUGGUGAUACCUCAAGAGUAAAUGCAGACAACUGAGUGAUUUUUAUACAAAAAAUGCCCUAGGGAUAGCUGAAUUUCCACCCCACUCCAAGCUAAACAAACAUAAUGUUGCAAUUUAGGGUUCAUAUUUGUGUUUUCAUUCUUUGGCCAGUGCCAGGGAACAAACUAGAGGCGGAGUUAGGAUAGAGGCAUAUGGUAUCGUGUUAUGAUGAUAACACUUAAAUUCUUGAGCUAAAUAGGAUUGCACGAUUCUACUAUAUUAAGAUUCUACCUAUGAUCCGGAUCGGUCGCCUAUUUUUAGAUAGUAGGAUCGUAGAAUCUUAGAUCAGAAUUGAGAUUCUAAUAACUAUGGGCAUACCUGAGUUUUUGGAUAUAUUAAGUUUUUUUUAACUUUUCUUUUGGGUGAAUAGAAAGUUAUAAUUGUUUUACCCUUAUUCACGUACAACUACUUAUUAUGCGUAUGUCUCAUAAGAUAGCACAUGUUUUUCAUAGUUUCUCUCAUGUUUGGAUGUGAGAAAAUUGAGAGAAAGAAGGAAGGAUCAGUUUUACUCUUUUCAUUGCUUUAUGUUCAUCGCAAGCUAUUUAGUGUUCCUAUUAUCCUAAUCUGGAUUUGUCGUACAAUAUAUACAAACUUACUCGGAACUCUUGACAUGAUGUAGUCGUACAUGCCUGAUCGAAAGUUCCAUCAUUAUUUGGUUGCUGUACAUACCUAAUGCCUUAGAUUCAAACGCAAGCACCAACACUUUUUGGCCUAGGACCAAUCACAAAUGGAUUGAAUUUGGCCUUAGUCAAAACAUUAGGUGUGUUUAACCAUGGAUCAACGUGCCGAGAUUAUGUUUGAACAUUGAUGAAAUACACCCAAUUUACAAUUUUCCCUUUAACAAAAAUUUUAAAUAUAUAUUUCGUACAUUCAACGAAAUGACUUGGUAAAAUAAUGGGGACAAGAUUGAUAAAGGUGCUCACUUUAUAAAAAAGAUGGUGAUGUAGAAGAGCUCAUCCUUUAAAGUUGAAAGAAUAUAACCAUACGAGUGAAUUCUAGUGUGAUUUUUUCAAGACAAAUAUGUACCUUUUAGAUUCAAUACAUAUGCAGAGAUUGAUAUGCAAACAAGUUCUAAUCAUGACCA